GAUUUCGACUUUGACGUUUGAAGAGUCAUUCAUUCUUGUUUUGAUUUGUCAACUCUUGAAUUGAUUGCACAAUCUCUGCGAUGUUUGUUUUCUUCUCCAAAGUUCUCUGUCGAUGAUUCAUAAUGUUUUGAAGCCAUAUUUAUACUGUAGCUCUGCCGCGUAAUAACAUCAUUUCGUGUUUACAUCGGUGUGAACAAGACGAGUUGCAUUUCUUUUUGUGUUUAUAAUAAGUGAUUGAUUAUUUCCAAUCUUCUAAUACCAUGGAUGAUCUAGUAGCAUACAAGGUUUAUACAUUCUGGACAGAGGGUGAGAAGCCCGAAGUCCGGAGGUUCGGUAUUGAGAAGAGUGUGGUCACCAGUUUCCAAUACCUAAAUGCUAAGCUGCAGGAUGUAUUCCCUGGACUAAAGACGAGGAGUUACACUGUGACUUGGAAAGAUGAGGAGGACGAUGAGAUCACCAUUUCAUCUGAUGAAGAAGUAAUUGCAGCUCUGACUGCAAUAACUCCAGUCUCGAACAUCAUCAAGCUGUUUGUCUACUGCAAGGAUGAUAAAAAAGAUGAUGAUGAUGUUGAAGUUUUGAUUACCGCUCACACUGAUGGAUUAAAUGCUGCAAUGGGGCCCGAGAACUUGGUCCAUUAUGGAGUGACAUGUGACGGCUGCGAUCAUGAAGUGGUCGGGUUCCGAUACAAGUGCAUCUCGUGUGACGAUUACGACUUGUGUGCUGCGUGCGAGUCAAAUGGCUUGCACAAAGAGCACUGCAUGCUGCGUAUGCCCAUGCCUACUCUCCCGCGCACCGUGAUCAAAGCGGCUAUCAAACGUUCGCGCCACUUCCUGAAGUCUGUGGUGGGGCCGGUCGGAGAUGACUGCGGGUACAAGAGGCACCGCCGCGAGAGGAGCGGGGAGAGGAGGUUCCGCGGAAAGGGAGAUGGGGGUCACGGAGGCCAUGGGGGCCAUGGGGAACACCGCGAACACAGGGAUCACCACCACCGACGCCCGCGCACCAGCUGGUUGGACACCUUCGCUACUUACAUGAACGAGUUCGCCAAUUUAGCUGGCGAUGUGCCAAUCGACCUGACCGGGGAACCCAAGAAGGACCAAGCUCAGGCUUCCAAAGAAGCAAGCACAUCAACUGCUCCUCAGCCAGAAAAUGCCCAAGCGGGAAAUGCCCAGGCUGGAAAUGCCCAGGCCGGAAAUGCCCAGGCUGGAAAUGCCCAGGCCGGAAAUGCCCAAGAAAAAGCCCAACGUUCCACUACCAACCAAGGCCAGGCUCCAAACACUUGUCCGUUCUUCCUUCCCAAUGUCAACAUACAGAACAUCCAGAAACUAGUGGAUACGUUUAUCAGCGGCGGAUUCAAUAUCAACGAUGUGAAUGCCUUCUUGCGCGAGCAAGCCAAAGCUAAUAAUGCAGCUACCAAUGCGAGUGCUUCAGCGAAUGCUACCAAUGAAGACGUGGAGAUGGGUCAGGCCACUCGGAGCGUGCCUGAACCCGACAAUGUGCCGGCGUCGGCUGAACCCCGCGCGACUGGUGAAGCUCACAAUAGAGAUGCCUCGCCUGAUAAAGUCGAAGGCUGGACUGUGAUUUCUAAGGAAAAAGAUUUAGAGGAAGCCUGUGCGCCCGCGCCGAUCGGCUUCAACUUGCCGGAAGAGUUCCAGGAACGCGUGCAGAUCUCACAGCGUCAGAGUUUGUACCCUCCGCUCAACACCGCCACUGCUGAGCCAGAGCUCUCGAACGUCGCGCCUUCCGCCCCGCCAGCGCAGACCCCGCCGGCCCCGCAGCGGGUCCCACUGGUCCCGCAGCAGGCCCCACUGGUCCCGCAGCAGGUCCCAUUGACCCCGCAGCAGGUCCCACAGGCCCAGAAAGUCCAGGCUGCGCCCCAAUCGCAGCCGCAGCCACGUCAACGUCACCCUAAACCGCACAUCGACGCCGCAAUUCAGCAAAUGCUGGCCAUGGGCUUCACUAACGAAGGGGGUUGGUUGACCCACGUGGUGGAAAGCAAGGACGGGAACAUAUCCGCUGUUCUUGACCUUUUGACCCCGGUCCAGAAGAUGUAAGUGGACAUUUUGGCACAUCCUCAAUAUUAUAAACUACACACGUAUAUUUGUAACCUUUUAACAUGUUUGUAGAUAGUCGUGUUUCUCAACACUGGUUGAUUCGAACUAGUAGUUAUCACAGUUGCCUGUCAAUAAAGAGAAUGGACUUUGAAUGAACUAAAAUGUUUUUGCCAUUGCAAUAUAUGCCCAAUUUCUAAGUUUGUUACCGUAUUCAUAACCCUAGAUAGGUUAAUAGUACUACUAGAUAGGUUAAUAGAUAGGUUAAUAGUACUAGCGACACUAACGAGGGUCAGUACAUUCAGUGGUACUACUGAUUUACGGGGAUAUAGAAAUUAUACAUUGUGAGUGUUAAGUGUAUUACCGCCCUAAAUUGUUAUGACUAGACUAUCUACGAAGGUGUUGAAGAUAUUCUUUAAUAAUUUUAAAAUAGAGGAUGUGAUAUUUCGAAAUACUGUAUUUUAUUUACGAAUUUAUUCUCCUAUAGGAUUACCUAAACUUACUCUAUAAUGGUUGUAGGUUUCAUAGUACUUAUAACAAUAACUAUAUUAAUCGCAUUCUAACUACUAAUAAUGUUGAGAAUUAGACAUAGCUUUACGAAUAUAAUUUUGCCUUCGGCAUUUAAAAAUAUAAUGUGCAUGUAUACAUGUGUCUGUUAUACUGUUUUUCUAAAUAUGUUUAAUAUUUUUUUAUUUGUUAAUUAAUAACGAUUGCGCAAAUUGAACAUAAUUCAGAGAUGUUAUAAGAAUUUUCCUAUUACAUAAAUAUUUGAAAUAUAUCUUAAUCUAUUAUUUUAUGUUACAUUGAAAUUAAAAUAUUAUACAUUCCUUCGUCAUUUAUAUGAACGAUGCGAGUUGCUUUUUUUCUAUUAUUUGAAUCACUGCAAUCUGUAUUUUUAUUCACUUCUGAUUGCUUUUAUCUAAAAUAUUUAUUCUCUUCUAGUAUUCAGAGAAUGAAUGAAUAUGUGAUAUUGAAAUGACUGAAUGAUUUUAGUUAUAAUGUAGAAUUAGAUGGUAUAUAAAUAAAGGUUUUAUUGGGA